AGUUACAGGAGAAACUGCAGGAGAGUAGGGGGCAUUUUUAUGAGUGUUCCUACAGAAUGUGCCACUGGUAGUACUUUUUUGGUUUGUUACAUUCAUUUACAUAAGCAAGUCUUCCCAGUUCUUCCUCCCUGAGAUCUAAGUCUUCACCAUGACAGAAAGUUCCUUUGGGAGAGAUUGUACCAGACGUCCCCAUCUAGUGACCCCUUCGGCUGUGAAGGCAAUCAUCUCAAAGAUCGAAGCGGCCCAGCUGAAGCGAGCCCAAGAGAGAUCCUGGGAGGAGAGGCCUUCAGAGGCCCACACCAACCCCAAGUGCUGAAGAAUUGGUAGUUGUGAGUCCCACUGUGAAUCCUCUCCCUUCCCGCCCUGGCCUAUAGGACAUUUCUAUCCAGCUCUCUGACAUCUUGGGCAAUGUCAGUGGUGUCAUCAGUCGUUUCCAAGAAGAUUCAGGAUCAGACAUGAAACAAAGGAAAAGCAGUCAAGGGGGACAAGACAAGGGCAAGAAGAGGUUCGUCUUGCUGGAGAAAAUAGCCUGCUUCUCAAAGGCUGCUGAGACAAAGGAGAGGAGCCUCUAUGAAAUCCUCAACUGGAUGAGUGAAUGGGGUGACAAUUUGUCCCAUGAGACCAAACCUAAGGAAAGUGAAAAGGAAUGUGACAAACAUGAUGAAUGGAUAGAAGUCAUGGAGAGGGUACUGCCACUUUCUCUCACUGCCAUGGAGGGUGGCAUCGAGUCUUUGAUUUCCCUUUGUUCUAAUCUGAUUGAAGAGCAAAAGAAAAGAACGCUAAGGCCUAAAGGCAAUUUUUGGAAAGCCUGGAGGGAGAAGAUUCUACAUAAAUCUUCCUCCCCACUUCAGCCUCUGAGUCCAGAGCAGAUGCUUAAAGAUAAAAAUACCACAAAUGCAAAGGUAGGUGAGGUUCAGGCCAUGCUUCAGGAACUCUUGGACUCUGCCAUAUUCAACAAGGGAGAAAUAAAAGCUAUCAAGUACAUGUCUACCAUGGUAGAGAACCUUAAUCAGGCCUUGAUCCUUCAGCUUCAAGAAAAUCACAAGCUGGAAACCCAGUAUAAAGCCCUAGAAGGAGAGAUGUCAGAAGAGAUAACCAACCAAAAACUCCUCUUCCAGAAGGAGCUCCAAGUCCUUGAGGAUAUGAAGAAUGCUCUAGAGAUACAGCUCCAAGCAUCAGAGCAGAAAUACCAACAACUCCUGGAAGAAAAACCUGUGAAACAACAGUUGCAAAUGGGCGGAGGGGACCGGUACAGAAGAAACUUCACUGAGGAUGUUUCUAGGCCUCUAAAAUCUCAGGCCUCUAAAAAGAUAAGCCUCCCCAUGACUGAAGAAGUAUUAGAGACAGAAAUGGAGCAAAAGCCUGAGGAAAUGAAGGAGCAAUCAUCCCUCGAGGAGGGGGAGGAGAAAGAGGAAGAGGAGGAAGCAGCUCAGCUCUUUCCAAACACCAAGACAAAAGACACGGAUGUCGAUAUGGGGGUUGAUGGCACACCUUUCUUGAAGCAGCCACUUCCAAAAAUAAGCUUAUACCCUGAAGACUCUAAGGACGUGGGCAUCCAUGCUGAAAAUGCUGUAGACUCCAAGUACAAGGUCACUGCCUUGAAACCUGUGGGCUACAAAGGCAAAGAUCCUCUAGUUUCUGAAGAAAGAGAAGUAGUAGCUAAAAGAUCAGUCUGGAUCGAUGAGGAGAAGGAUUCAGACUCAUCAGCGGAGAUGCCUCUCAAAGAGAAGACGGGCCUCUCACAAGAAGAGCAAGCGGAGGAAGAGAGGCGUUGGCAGGAAAGAAGGGAGCAAUGGCAGGCGGAGGAGAAGCGGUGGCAAGCGCGGCAGCAGAAGUGGGAACAACUGGAAAGGGAACACAUGGAGAGACAGCAACAAUGGAAGCUAGAGGAGGAGGAGUUAUAUGAGAAGAGUCAGGAGUAUAUGGACCACAAGCGGCUAGUGAGGCAGAGGAGGGAGCUAGAUGAGCAGCAGCUGGAGCAGAACAAGGAGACUUUUAUGUCCUUAUCACCAUCUGCAAGUAAGGAGCAGGAGGAUGCAGCAAACCUCGUGAACAGGGUCUACCAGGGCCAGUCAGCAUGGGGGAGGCUCCAAACACCUGCGAUCUAUGAAUCCCAACUGCCUCCCGCCGGUGCCUUUGGAUCCCAGGGGGCCCAUCAAGGAGCCAUGAAACUGGGGCUCUUUCCAUGCGUCGGAACGUCGGUCAGACCCCUUCCCUGUCCUUUCCCCAGUAAAUCCAGCACUCCUGCAAGAUUGACCUCUCUACCGAAGGAGAAGAAGUACAAGGUGGAUGUGCAGGGCCAGAGAAUGAACUUGUUGCUCUUGAAUGAGGCCUCUGAGACUUGGGGCCUUCCUGCUCACCUGCACAGACCGGCCAAGAAGCUGAUCGUCGAGACGCUACACGCAGACAUCACCAGGCUCGGGUACCUGAUCCAGAAAUACAGCACCUAUAGGAUGUUCCAGUGCGUAAGGCAGGAUGUAAUCAACCAUAUAGAAGCCAGCAGAAAAACUGGGAAUAUAGAUGAUGCCAAAAACUUUUAUAUCCUUUUAGAAAAAAUAGAUAAGUGCCAGAGUCGCAGGCUGCAGACCUGGACAGAAAAGCAGAAAGUUCUGGAGCAGGACCGAGGAGAUUGUCUGGAGCAAAUGAUAUUCUUAUUCUCCCAGCUCCGAGCGGAAUGGGACCUGAACCUGAGCCUUCCAAUUCUCAUAGCCAGCCCAGAGAAGCAAAAAAAACCAGCAACAGUAGCAAUGCCAAAGAAAUGCACCUAUUUCACGAGGGCUGGUGGAAUACAACCCAAACAGUUCCUGAUGGCUAAGCAUCGAGAGUGUCCCGAAGUUCUGAAGAUUGCUCGAGAAAGGGGGAAUGAGAUAGAGGCCAUCUGGAGGACUGAUCUGUCCACCUCCAGUUAUCCAAUAAAAAAGAAGACCCCUGCAGGUGUCAUCUGGUCACAGAUUGGUGGGUACCCAGAUUUUCCUCGGAUGGUGGAAUUAGAUAUUCAUUCCUCCUGCCACAAAUGCCUGAAAUCCCUAAGAACAAGAUCACCAAGCAUUUUCAAAAGAAAAUCCACCAUUGAGAGAGACUAUGGACUCAUUCAUGGAGAGUCAACUGAAUCAAUGGCUGAACUCUGAGCUAAGAAAGGAAUAUGGAUAGAGAUAUUGGACCAUGUCGGAGAGAUGCCUCUUCCUUCUCCAUCUCCACCCCAUACUCGGAUCAGCUAGCCUCCUCAAACCUCUUCUUGUACAUGCUUAAUGAAUAAAACAGACUUCUGUUAUUUUCUGCAUCUCUUCACUAAUGCCCAUAUUUCCUCCAACUAAAUUUAAAAAGCAAAGGCUGUGGCUAUUAUAACUGCCUCGUAACCAAUACAAACCUUUCAUAAAUGUCUAUAAGUGGUACUGGGCUAGGAAUUAUCUAAGGAGAAGUACCCAAGUGAUAUUUCCCUCUUCUGAGAAUUCACACUAUUAUGACUGAUAUGAUCUAAGGCAUGGACACUUAUAUAAGCAUAGUACUUUCAUGGUGUAUUGCUGCCUAAUGUGCUUUAAUAAAUAUUUGUUUUUAAAAAUGGGU